CUGUUAGAAAUUCGUUGUAAAACAAUUAAGCACUGUGUUCUUUACUGUGUCAACGCUGCUGAAAAAGAUCAAGAAAUAAAUGCUAUUAAUCAAAGUAUAGGAAAUCAAAAAGGCAUCGGGAGUCAAUCGAAAUGGUACAAAGAAUGCAAUACAACCAACAUUGAUAAUAAAAAAUGUACAUGCCCUAAUUGUCAUAAAAAAUUAGAUACAUUAGCUACUUUACAAGCGAAAUCUGCUAAAGAACUUGCACGACUUAAUAAUACAGUUUCACAGUCAAAAUCUCUCAUAAUUAAGUUCCAUUCAUAUACUUACGAACAAAAAAACUCUCAUUUUGAACGUAUUAGUAUUACCCAACGCUUAGAACCAGAUAAUAAUGUUAUUGUUCCAGAAAUGCAUGUGCCAGAUCCAUUAGAAUGCAACUCUAAUUCAAUAAAUAAUAUAAAAAAGGUUUUAGAGUAUAUACAGAGUAUUACGAGGAUAAACCAAGAAGCACGAAAAUGGCUACCGGUUACUUGCGAUGACAUUCCUUACAAUCUAGUUCAAAAAAUUAAAAAUAACUUUCUGUGGCUUAUACUAAUUCCUGGUGCCCUGCACGAAGAAAUAAAUAUGCUUAAAGCAUUUGAUAAUCGAUAUCAAGCAAUUCGCUAUUCUUCAAGGAUACAGAACUGA